AUGAAUUUAACGUAUCUUGAGAGUUCAGAAGAUGUACAAUACUGUUUUCAACUUGUUAACACAUCCUGUCCCAAAGUCACUAGGCCAAUAGCAAUGAAAGCAACACUGUACAUUUUUAUUAGCUUUUCAAUAUUAAUUUCCAUAUUUGGGAAUCUGGUGGUGAUCACUUCAGUUUUACAUUUUAAGCAACUACAGACACCCACUAAUUAUCUCGUAUUAUCUUUAGCAUUUGUUGAUUUUCUGGUAGGUUUUAUUGUAUUGCCUUCUAGUAUGAUUAGGUCUGUAGAAACGUGCUGGUAUUUUGGAAAUGUGUUUUGUAAAAUUCAUUCAAUUCUUGAUAUUGUGUUAACCAUAGUUUCAAUUUAUAAUAUAUGUUUUAUUGCUGUUGAUCGAUAUUAUGCUCUUUGUGACCCCUUGCUCUAUUCCUUAAAAAUAACUCUGCCUGUGACAAUUGUCACUCUUACUUUAAUAUGGCUAUUUGCUAUCUUUUAUGGGUUUAGUGUGUUUUUGUCAGACUUCAGUAAAAAGGCACUAGAUAAUUAUAUACCUACUAUGACUUUUUUAGAUGAUGUAAUUACAUGGUUUGGAUUCUUUAAUUCUACUUUGAACCCAAUGCUUACACCUUAUUUAUAUCCAUGGUAUCGCAAGGUGCUCAAACUUAUAUUUUCUUGUGAGAUAUUUAGCUCUGAUUCAGCUACAAUAGAUUUCUUUUCAGAAUAA